CGUACCCUCCCGGUCCGCGAUGGUCCGGCGCUUGUCAUUCUGAACGCAGUCACCUGGACGCAAACAUGCACCGAACCCAGGCUUCAAGCGACGGGCACCUAAUUCUGCUUCCUCACAAUUCCCUCACCAGCUAUACGCAGCCUGCCUCGGGCCAGUGUCUCCUGACUCUUCUUGGUCUCCGCGGAAGCGUCUUUGUGAUCUAGUAACUACCUAGUAUCUCUCGAUCUAUUUCUUGAUCAUUCGUCAUUUCCGCGCGUCAUGCCAGAACAUCACAUGCGAGCGGCUCGUCCAUAGAUUUCCCAUCCUACCUCCGCACAUAACCUUCAAUGUCCACAGGCACUCCAAACGAAGCCACAGAUCGAGGCUAGUGCGAAAUGGCGUCGAACGUUUUCUCGAGGCUUGUCCAAACAGCCCAGGGUCGCUCAUUUUACGAAGACCUCAGACGCCGUCAUGACGACACCGAAGAUCGGGCCGGCCUGUUAGACGAAGAAAACCUGAACCACGAGUUUCAGGACUACGACCUAGAGCAUGCGGAGGGUCUCGCGGUCGGAGAUAGUCGCGCUAUUCUGGGGAGUGUGACAAACCCGGCCUCGAGAGGCCACGGUCCAGCUGGAGGGCAGCUUUAUAGGGACACACGGUCGGCCUGGGUAUCGCAAGAGGAGGAUGGUGACAACGACGUUCCUGCGUCCUUGCUGGUGGAGCGCGAAGACGAUUACACAGAAGGGACCCCGGGGCCAUCAACAGGAAACGAGAGGGCGGACCAGCCGCCUGCGGCCGCCAUGCCGGGGUCGUCAAAGGCUCGUGUCCAGUGGGAGGCCACACAGGCGCAGCAGCGAUUGCACGAUGACGCAGUCCCCGAGCCAUCUCGGCGCGGCAGUGGUCUACCGAACUCUCUAUUCACCGGGAUAGUUUCGGGCAGCGCCAAGAAGAAGGCUGAAUGGAGAUGGGCUAAUGUCUCAAAUCUCGACACCUUCAUCAAGGACGUCUACGAUUACUAUAUUGGCCACGGCGUGUGGUGUAUCCUAGUCGAACGAGUCCUGCACCUCGUCAACGUCGCCUUCGUAGCCCUCCUUUUGACCUUUCUCACUCAAUGCUUGGACUACAGCAAGCUUCGCGGUAGCCAAAAGCUAUCCCAGAUCAUCAUCCCUCACUGCACAAGAAACAUGUCUGGCCUGUGGAAUCUCGGCCUCUGGAUGUUUGCGUUUUACUUCAUUUGGAAAUCCAUACAAUACCUCCUUGAUCUCCGGCGGCUGCUCAAUGUUCGCGAUUUCUAUCUCCACCUUCUCAACAUCCCCGACCAAGAUAUGCAAACGAUUACGUGGCAGGAGGUAGUGGCCCGCAUCAUGGCCCUAAGAGACCAUAAUCCCAAGACUGCAACAAGCUUGACUCCAGCCCAGAGGCGAUGGCUUGGCAGUCAGUCCAAGGAGAGGCUGGACGCAUCAGACAUCGCCAAUCGCCUCAUGAGGCGCGAGAACUACCUGAUCGCUCUGUUCAACAAGGAUAUCUUGAAUCUGACGAUCCCGUUUCCCUUCCUGCACAACCGACAGCUCUUCUCCCGGACGAUGGAAUGGAUGCUGAUGUUCACCAUUCUCGACUUUGUUUUCGAUGAGAGGGGUCAAGUCAACCAGGAAUUUCUGCGCUCUGAGCGCCGGGGUGAACUCAGUCUCAAGCUUCGUGGAAGAUUCGUUUUCGCCGGAGUCAUGAUCCUCAUCCUUUCCCCGUUUGUAGUUGCGUAUCUCAUGGUUGUCUAUUUCCUCAUGUACUACCAUGAAAUCCAAAAGAAUCCGUCGAUCUUGUCUUCACGGACAUACACGCCGCUUGCGGAGUGGAAAUUCCGAGAGUUCAACGAGUUACCGCAUCUCUUCCGGAAGCGGCUCGAUAUGUCCCAUCCCUUCGCAAGCCACUACAUCGACCAAUUCCCAAAGGCCAAGACGGAGAUGGUCUUUCGAACAGUGGCGUUCAUAUCUGGUUCUCUUGCCACAAUACUCGCGCUUGCCUCAGUGGUCGAUUCUGAACUGUUCUUGGGCUUUGAAAUCACCCCUGAUCGAACCGCGCUCUUCUACACGGCCGUUUUUGGGGCCGUUUUCGCAUUCGCGCGAGGCAACAUAGCAGCAGAAAACUCGGUUUUCGAUCCCGAGUACGCCAUGCGGAACGUCAUCCAAUACACCCACUAUGAGCCUGACCACUGGAAGGAUAGACUCCACAGCUUCGACAUCAAGCAGGAGUUUUCGGAGCUGUAUAAGGUCAAGGUAGUCAUCUUCCUCGAAGAGAUCCUCAGCAUUCUUACCACCCCUUUUGUCCUGUUUUCCAGUCUCCCGACAUGCAGCGAUCAGAUCAUCGACUUCUUCCGCGAGUUCACCAUUCACGUUGAUGGGCUCGGCUAUGUCUGUUCCUUUGCCGAGUUUGACUUCAAAAAGGGCAUGGUAACCAGCAAGAGGGAUAAUGAUGGCGAUGUUCGGGAUGAUUACUAUGCAACAAAGCAUGGGAAGAUGGAAGCUUCCUACUACGGCUUCAUGGACAAUUACGGGAACUUUGCCCUCAACCCAAGGACAGGCGCGGCGUCACAUCUUCCGCCAGGAACCCGAAAUCAGUUCCAUCCGCCGCCAGCGUGGCCGAGCAUAAGCACAGCGCCGCUGGUCGCCGACCUACAGUCCUCACGGAUUGGUCGGGAACGAGCAAAGGGCGGCGGGUCGAAUAAGACACCCCGUUACGGCCCUACUAUGCCUCAACAAUCCCCCAUGGCAUCCAUCCUUCUCGAUCCACACCACCAGCCGCCGAAACCCAGCCGGGCCCAACACGCGUCACGGCACCUGCGGGCUGGCUACCACGGAGAGAGAAGCAUCAUUGAAGAGACUCAGGAAGAUGAUGGGGAAGCGAGCGAAGCUGGGAGACGGCAGGACGAAGAGGCGUAUGAAGGUGGAGGUGCUCUGGAUGAAUCGGCGUGGCAGACAUCACCGGCGGUGACAUUGAGUAGGGACAACAGUACCACAGAAGCUCGUGGAGCGCCGGAUGCCGGAGUUGUGCACAUGAUCUAUCAGUUUAACCAAGCGCAACUUCACCGCAGGCCGGGAGGAGUGCAUUGAGCAGAUGAUGACCACAUCACAUCAGGGGCAUAUGCUAUCAGAAGGACUAUCAUCAUGAUCGAAUAUGACAU